AUGCUCCCUGAUUUACAGCUACCCUUCCUCGUCCCCGAAUAUGGCACAUUCCCAAAAUACAUGUUCGACACCGGCCCGCGCGUCAUUAUGGAUAACUGGGUCGAGCUUGGCGAAACCCUUGAGCCAAACGAGUCAAAAACACCUAAAUAUACGAUAUUGAUCAAGCGAGAGGGAUCAUCCAACUUAUGGCAUUGCCUACUAGAGAUCUUUUCUACAUCCCUAACAUUGAACGUACUCCAAAUGGGCCAAACAUCCGAUUCGCCAUUUUCUACCACCCCCAAUAUUUCUAAUACUCAAGUCGUCCUGCUUGACGAUCACACGGACGGCCCAUUCUCCGAUUUGUGGUCGAUCUUCACAAAUCAACCAAUACGACGUCUCAAAGACCUGUCCCCGACAAGCUUUGAGAACAUCAUUCUCCCGCUCGCGGGUGGAAGCAACCCCCUUUGGCAGACCGAUUACUCACGGGAUGGUGCUUCAUGUAAUACCUCGGCGCUUCUGCGCAAGUUCUCACGCCGAGUCUUGGAUCACUACGAAAUUCCAGUCCAGCCGCGCCAGGGUAGCGAGAUAACAGUAACUUUCAUCGACCGCAUGAAGACCCGCAUCCUACUCAACCACACUGAAUACCUUGAAGAUGUCAAGUCUUCUUUUCCGAACGUUAUAAUCCAGGAAGUUGAUUUUGAAACAAUUUCGUUCGAAGAACAAUUGCAAGUUACGCAGCAGACGGAUAUUCUGGUUGGGGUCCAUGGGGCUGGUUUGACACAUGCGAUGUUCCUACCUCCGCGGUCGACUGUUGUUGAGAUUCUUCCCGCGCAGGUUGAUAUUAGGGUAUUUGAAAACCUAGCUUCUCUGUUGGAUCAUUCAUAUUUCAGUGUUCAUUCCUCGAAGAGAUCGGAUACCUCUCCCAAGGUGGAUUGGCAUCAAGAGUCAGUCUCUUUGAAUAGGGAGUCAUUUGCCGAUGUUCUGAAUAUUGCUUUGAAAAAUUUGUAUAAUAAGAGUGCAUGA